AAAGCCCCGGGGACCGCGUGAAUGACGCAAAGGGUACCAGUACGGCAGCAGCUGGCAGCCAGGACAACGAUGUACGGCAGGAUGCUCCGGCGGCCGCCAGGGCUGCGGAGGCCCCUGGCGCUGAUGCAGGUGCCGGCCGCGGCAGCAGCUCACAGCAAGCCAAGCGCCGUCGCAACCAACUUUCCGAUGGUCCUGCGUCGCUCAUUGUGGUGCCGCGCGCGGCUGCCAUACGAGCUGCCGCGGCCAUUUCCGCCACCAAAGUGACCCGUGGGUCAUCCGCUAGCGGCGGUGACGCCGGCGGCGGUGGGCGCACUGCUAGCGCUGUAAGCAACAGGGCGAAAGGCGUGAAGCGGCGCCUGGAGGGAUCAGCAGCGGCGGCGGAGGCGGCGGGGGCGAAGGACGAGGAGGAUACGGCGACGGCAGCCGCAGCUGACGCCAGCGGAAAUGGUAACGGCAGCAAACGCCGCCGGCAGCAAGCUUCGCAAGUGAGCGAGCAAGCAACCGCUUCCGCGUGCGCCACGGAGUCCGGAACCAAGGGCAAGCCGGCUCGGAAGCGCCGGACUAGCCAGGAGGGGGCCAGCGGCAGCAGGGGCGGCAGUCUUGGCUCCGUUGCCGGGAAGGACGAUGCCGACGCUUCUCAGCUGCCUGCAUCUCCCACCACUGCUGCCGCGGCAGCAGCUCUUCGGCUACUGGGCGACGGGCGUGCGCCAAGCGGUACGGGCAGCAAGCGGCAGGCGGAAGAGCACGAGGAGGCGGGUGUGGGACGGGAGCGCAAGCAGCCACGACGCCAGGGGCGAGGAGAACAGGCGCCUCCACUGCCACCGUCGAGUAAGCAACAAGCCGGGCCACGAGGGAAGCCGCCGCUGCCGCCGAAACCGCCAAAGCCGCCAGCUGUAACCGCAACCACAAUCGCAACAACGGCCGCUGCCGCUACUACUCGACCUGGCCGUCAGGGGCAGGGCGCCGCCAGAAGCGGGCGCGAGGCUGCUGCUGCUGCCCAGGCGGCUUCAAACACGACUAGCCGGACUCAGGCAGGCGCUAGCGCUGCCGUACGAACGACCUCGGCGGCGGCGACGACAGCGGCGGCGGCGACGACCUCGGCGGCGGCGACGACAGCGGCGGCGGCAACGACAGCGGCGGCGGCGACGACAGCGGCGGCGGCGACGACAGCGGCGGCGGCAACGACAGCGGCGGUGGCGGCCGGCUCUGCAGGAGCACCUGCGGCGUCUGGAAGUACGGGCACGGCACAGCGGGGCCCUGCUGCCAAGAAGAAACCUGGCAUCCGUCUACCUAGCCAGAUUCCCAACGUCGUGUCGGCAGCCUCCAAGAUCCUGCUUGCCAUGCCGGCCGGCAUCAAAAUGUUCGAGAAGACCUUCCGGCAGGAACUGGGCAACACCCCUGACGUCAGCAAGGCGCUCCGACUGCUGUGGGAGCGAGGUCACGUGGAGCGAAGCGGGCGGGGCUUCCGCUGUGACCCCUUCGGCUACACAGUCACGCAGGCGGGUCUGGAGGCGGCGGAGGAGCAGCGGCAGGCGGCGCAGCAGGCGGGCGGGCAGCCGCAGGGGGGGCAGCCGCGGUCGCAGUCGCAGCCGCGGUCGCAGUCGCAGCCGCGGUCGCAGUAGCAGUCGCAGCCGCGGUCGCAGUAGCAGUCGCAGUAGCAGGUGUAGGAGCAGUCGCAGUAGCAGGUGUAGGAGCAGCAGGAGCAACGAGCUUAGAUCUUGCGUUGUAGCUCACGCGUGCGGGGACCAAUGAAGCUUAUACGUCAAAUGGAGAGCGGGAAGAAAUGUUAUUGGGAAAGAGGUUUAUUGGGAAGGGUUGCUAUUGGGGAAGAAAUGUAUGUUUAACUAUCAGCACGGACGCGUGAUGCGGGGAUUUUUGUACGGUAUAUGCUUGAAGGGAGGAAUGAAGGGGGCUUGUGAAGUAUGCGUGCGGUAAGAGGAGGGUUAUGAGGAUUGGCUCUCAGAAGUAGGUGCAGGAGCAAGAUGACGUUGGCGUGCGGCCAGGAGAUUGCUAGGGGGGAGCGGUAUGGAACUGACGGAAGAGUAUUUGCUGUGAGGGCGAGGCCUUUCGCCAGUAAUGCGGUGGGCUCGCUCGUGCGUGCGAGGGAGUUAGGAUGCUAGGUAGCGGUAGAUGGGCAUAGCAGGAUGCGCGGGUCGCACUAGGAUAGGACUGUUUAUUAGCCGCAUUUUGUAGGUGUUGCGUAGGGCACACACAGAAGAUGUGAUCGCGCGCCAAUGACUGCGUACGUCCUAGGUAGCUGCAGGGGAGCUGUAGUGCUCUCUGUUUUACGUACGGCUGUCGUGCGACACAUAUUAUUGCCGCAAUGCUGAGCCAGGAUCAGGAUAGCGGAAUGAUGCGAAGGUGGGAGCAAUUCCGUUAGGACAGAGAGGGGC